AUGUUUCUCACAAGGACUGAGUAUGACCGAGGAGUCAACACUUUUUCUCCUGAAGGCCGUUUGUUUCAGGUUGAAUAUGCAAUCGAAGCCAUCAAGCUUGGGUCGACUGCAAUCGGUUUGAAGACGAAAGAGGGUGUUGUCCUUGCAGUUGAAAAGCGUAUUACUUCCCCUCUACUGGAGCCUAGCAGCGUUGAAAAAAUUAUGGAAAUUGAUGACCAUAUUGGUUGUGCAAUGAGUGGAUUGAUUGCUGAUGCUCGUACACUUGUUGAGCAUGCACGAGUUGAAACUCAGAAUCAUAGGUUCUCUUACGGUGAACCCAUGACUGUAGAGUCCACAACUCAAGCUCUUUGUGACCUAGCUCUGCGUUUCGGUGAAGGCGAUGAAGAAUCAAUGUCUCGACCAUUUGGAGUGUCUCUCCUCAUUGCUGGCCAUGACGAGAAUGGACCUAGCUUAUAUUAUACUGAUCCUUCUGGCACAUUCUGGCAAUGCAACGCAAAAGCUAUUGGUUCAGGAUCAGAAGGUGCUGACAGUUCUCUGCAAGAACAAUACAACAAGGACUUGUCUCUUCAAGAAGCUGAGACUAUUGCUUUAUCCAUUCUGAAGCAAGUUAUGGAAGAGAAGGUUACUCCCAACAACGUUGACAUUGCCAGGGUGGCUCCAGCAUAUCAUCUUUAUACCCCUUCUGAAGUGGAAGCUGUGAUAAGUCGCUUAUGA